GCUCAAAACCCCACCGCACCAAUCCCCGCACCGCAGCAACAGAAACAAAAAAAUCUCCUCCUACUCCUCCGCCGCCGCCGCCAUCGCCGCCGCCGCAAUGCAGCGCCUCUCCAUCGGAUCGCCGGGCCCGAGACCCAGCCUGGACGCCGCGGAGGAGGCGGACGAGAAGGCGACGGGGAAGGCGGCGGGCAGGGCGGCCGCGCCGGACAAGUCCAUCCACCUCGUCCCGCUCCUCACGCUCCUCUGCCUCCUCGUCCUCUUCCUCUUCUCCCACGACCCGGCCACCACCGUCGCCGAUUCGCCGCCGGUCCUGGCCGUCGCCGCCCGCUCCCUCGAGGCCACAGCGGAGACGACGCCGUCGGUGGCUCGCGGCGACGCGUACCGGCGGCUCAAGGCGGACCCGACGCUGCGCCGCGGGCGAAGGGUGCGGGCGGCCCGCCGGUGACGGCGCGGAAUUCGGGGGAACGGUAAGGGGCUAAGGCUGGCUGGCCCCCACGUCCAGCUAGCCGUUGGAACGACCGACGCGUCAUCGGCGCACGUCCCUUUCCCUCUACCCCCGUGUGCUGCUGCGUUGGUAGAACUUGAAUGGCCCCGAGCGUUCGUCUUCCCGUGGCCUCUAGAAUCGGAUUAGAUCACCCAACCCAUCGCAAUCAUGGUCGUCAUCGUGUGUUCAUACUCCGUCAUCAACAUUUUCUAGGCUAAUCUGUUCACCUGCUAUUGGUUCUGUAAUGUUUCUCUAGUGCUAUUCGAUCGGAUUGAUUGAUGGAUAGAGGUCUGGUUCAGGUCA